AUGGCGGAACUUAUCGAGCUUAAUGUAGGCGGCUGCCUGUACACCACGACGAAGUGGACACUGACUCGCGACCCGAACUCCUGGCUGGGCAGAAUGUUCAGUGUGCCAGACAAUAUUCCCGUCCGAGUAAACGGAGCUUACUUCAUCAACGGAGACGGGCCCAUCUUCCGCCACGUCCUCAACUUCCUCCGACGGGGCAGGCUGAUUCUACCGGAGGACUUCAAGGAGUGGGACCUGCUGGCUACGGAGGCCAACCACUACCAAGUCGGGGCUUUGGUGGAGGCAGUAAAGAAGGAAAAGUAUCAGAGGGUCAUAGAGAUAUCUGCAAUUCCAAACGUGAGCUACACAUACACUGGCAGCAGUAGUAUCCUAGAGAAAAUACCAUCGCUUGUUGAUUUUUUCAAACCGUACCAGUCCGCUCCACCUCAAGUUAUCACAGGCGGGCAGGUCACCCUCACAGUAAAACCAGCUGGUGGGAAGCCUCACUCUACGGCCGAGACUCUCCACCGUAGAUUUGAACACAAUCUGGUGGCGAUCAUCCAGGAGAUAGAACGGCUUGGGUUCCAAGCGGAGAAAGAGACCUGCACAAUGAACAAUUCCAGGCAACAGGAGGAACUCCGCUUGACCUUUUUCCGGCGCAUUGGUGGUUAA